AUGACGAUUGUGGUUUGUGCUUUCUCAGGAUUCUCGACGGGUAUGGUCUACCCGACGGCCCCUGUGUAUCUUGCGGAGCUCAGCCCUACAGAGAACCGCGGAUUUCUUGUUGGCUCGAAAGGAUUGAUGCACACUCUCGGAUUCUUCGUUGCUGGAUGGGUGGGUUAUGCGGGCUCGUUUGCUGUUAGUGAACUGCAGUGGCGUGUUCCUUUGGCCACGCAGAUGCCGCCUGCACUCCGUCUCGCUGUCACGACUCUUUUCUUGCCCUACUUUCCGCGAUGGCGCAAGUCUCUACACUGUCACUUACCGGUUCUGGCCGUGAGAGAGCGAUACGAUGACGCCAAGAAGAUUAUCGAAAUUCAACUCGAAGCCAACAAGAAGAAAGUUUCCAACUUCUGGAACCUGUUCACAUGCCAGUACAUCCGCAGAACCUUGUUAGCCUGCUUAAUAGUCCAUAUGAGGAAGCUUUCUGGGUCAAACAUCAUCCAAAAUUACCAGUCAGUCAUGUAUAACUCUCUUGGGUACGAGGGCCAAACUGUGGACCUGACAGGCGGUUUGUACGGCUUCAUGGCAGUCAACGGUCAGAUAAUCAACGUCUUCUUUGUCGCCGACCACUGGAGGCGACGCAACACUGUCAUUUCCGGGAGUUUCACGCUCGCUGUCCUCCUCGCAGUUUUGACGGCCUUAUCGAAACUUUUCCAAGAUGACUCGAACCCAGCUGGAUCCCGUGCCAGUGUUGCGUUCAUCUUCUUGUUCGCGGUUGCGUACUCCUUCUUCGUCAACAGUGUCAAUUGGCUCUUGGUAGCAGAGAUCUUUCCACUCGACCUCCGUGGCGUCGGUGUUGGCUUCUCAGUCUUUACACAAGCUGUUACGGCAAUUUGGUUAUCUUACGCGGUAUCAGCAGCGUUUGAUGCCAUCGAGUGGAAGUUUUACUUCGUCUUUGUCGCCUGCAACGCUUUUGCGGGGACCAUCUACUUCUUGUUCCUGCCCGAGACUCGCUUCUUAUCACUUAAGGAGGUGGCUACUGGGUCCGGGGACGAGAUUAUCAGUCCAGGAAAGAAAGGUCCGGAGCUGGAUUAG